UCACUCAGGCACUUCCGCCCUCUUCUAAGAUGGCGCAGGCGGAAGGAGCCUGUCACCGCCCGCUGGCGACGUCGCGGCUGGAGUUGAACCUGGUACGGCUGCUUUGUCGCUGUGAGUCGAUGGCGGCAGAAAAACGGGAACCGGACGAGUGGCGUCUGGAGAAGUACGUGGGUGCCCUGGAAGACAUGCUGCAGGCCCUGAAAGCCCAAGCAAGUAAACCGGCCUCAGAAGUGAUCAGCGAGUAUUCCCGCAAAGUGGACUUUCUGAAGGGCAUGCUGCAGGCUGAGAAGUUGACCUCCUCCUCUGAAAAAGCUCUAGCUAACCAGUUCCUGGCUCCUGGCCGCGUGCCCACCACAGCCAAGGAGCGGGUGCCUGCCACCAAGACUGUACAUUUGCAGUCUAGGGCACGUUACACCAGUGAGAUGCGGAGUGAGCUGUUGGGCAUGGAGUCAUCUGGAGAAUGUGAGGCGGCCAUGAGGAAGCGAGCCAGUGUGAAGGGGUCCAGACCUGCAGAUGAGAGGCAGUCAGCAUCCGAGCUAGACCUCGUCCUCCAGAGGCACCAGGGCCUCCAGGAAAAGCUGGCUGAAGAGAUGCUAGGCCUGGCCCGCAGCCUCAAGACCAACACACUGGCUGCCCAGAGCGUCAUCAAGAAGGAUAACCAGACCCUGUCACAUUCACUCAAGAUGGCAGACCAGAACCUGGAGAAGCUAAAGCUGGAGUCGGAGAGGCUGGAGCAGCAUGCACAGAAGUCAGUGAACUGGCUGCUGUGGGCCAUGCUCAUUGUCGUGUGCUUCGUGUUCAUCAGCAUGAUCCUGUUUAUCCGAAUCAUGCCCAGGCUAAAAUAAAACAAGAAAGCCUGCACACC